GUCAUCCUCAUUACUGCGGCAGGCAACCUGGAGAGGUCGAGCAACCCUUUUCCAGUCGAGAACCAUGGCGUCGGUCUUGAAGGAGCUGAUCGUCAUCUCCACUGCUUCGCAGCUUUGAAAAAUGGCAAACGGAGGAGAGUCCGGCCCAGACACGUAGGUCGGAGAAACGUUUACUGUAUUGCUUUUAAGGAGAGAGAAGCCUCAGCUCAACAAAGAGCCCUGCAGAGAUCUGAGCAUGUGCUGAAGUUGGCAGUGAUAUUGUGGUGUUCAACAAGCUCAUCAGAAAUGGAUGUUCUUAACCAAGGAGCAGCAAGUGGAGCCUCUAUUAAAGCUGGUGUCCAAGUGGAGAUUGUUCACGGAACCAUUGAGAACCAGCAGGUGGAUGCCCUUGUAUCUCCUAUGGUUGGCCAUGAUCCUCUCUCUACCCGCAUUGGAAAGACUUUAAGCAACAUGACUGGAGGACAGCUGGAGGCAAAAUUUCACAAGGAAGCAGGAGGGGCAACUCUGCCAAGUGAAAGUGUUGUGGUUAAAGGGUUACCUGGUCUUAAAUGUAAAGCUGUCUUCUUCCUCAACCUACUCUGCUGGGAUUGUGACCAACAUGGAUCCGCAGCCCAGACGCUGAGACAAGGAAUCAAAAAGAUUCUGGCUAUCUGUGAUAUCAGAGCUUACAGUUCACUUGCUCUUCCAGUUCUCGGGACUGGUGCUCUCAUGCGUUUUCCACACAACAUUACUUCAACGAUUCUUCUGGAGGAGGUUGGUGUAUAUGGACAAAACCGGGCCAGCAGAUCACCCUUCCUGGUUCGAAUCAUUGUUCAUCCAAAGGACAAAGAAUCAAACCAGGCCUUUCGGUCUGCCCAGGGGGUAUUGCAUCAAAGAGGAUUUAUAAGCAAUGUUAAUCCAGGUUUCUUUUACCAAUGUGUUUCUGUAACUAAUGAUGAGAUCACCACCAUGAUGGGAGGAGUCAAACUUCAGAUCGUCUGCGGUGACAUCAUAAAUGCAGGAACGGACGUAAUUGUCAACACAACCAACUUUAAAAACCUAUGUGCUGGUGUCUCUAAAGCCAUUUUGACAGCAGCAGGCCCAGCUGUCCAUGCUGAGUUAACACAAGUGGGCAUUCCAGCUGACUUUAUUUGCACAACAGCAGCUGGGCAGCUUGGGUGCAAAGAAAUUAUCCAUGCCAGCUUCAAACGCAAAGCUGAGCGGAUCCGCAACACUUGCAAAAAAAUCCUGCAGUUCUGUGAGAGCAAAAGAUUUGAGUCAGUGGCCUUCCCAGCCAUUAAUACAGGGCAGGCUGGUUUGAACUCCGGUGAAGCUUGUAAAGCAAUGCUGGAUGGGAUGGCCUCAGGUAUCAGGGAAAUUAAUCCAAAUUCUCUAUCACUGAUUCGCAUUGUCAUCCUGAAACAACGGGUCUUUCAGGCUUUCAGAUCAGAGCUGGAGAGUCGCUGUCAACAGGAUGGUCAAAGCUGCCUCAGCCUAAAAGGGAUAGCUAAAGGGACAAUGAAGAAAAUACUGGAAAUGAAUUUUGGAAUAUCAAUGUCUCCAACACCACAAGACCAAACAUUAUUCUUGCCAAAUUCUGGAGCAACAGAGUUACAAGAAAUUCACUGUGGCCUCAAUGUCACCAAGACCACGGAGGAGACCCUGCAUCAGGAGCUUUCAGAAGGAAAAGACAAAGAAAAGGCAAUUUCGGCUUUAACCACUAAGUGGGCAAUUGAAAAUGAAAAUGGAGAAAUGCAGGAACUCUGCCUGCUUGACAAGGAAGCUCACCCGAAGAAAGAAGACUUUGUGGAUAUGUUGAUACAGGAUGGCAGGAUGUUCAAAGUAAACCUAAAAGCUGGAGAAGCUACAGAGUGUUUGACAGGCAAAACAUACAAACUGAAAAGCAUUGCAACAGAAACUGGUUGUGCGGCUCCUUUGGCGUUGGAGUUACCACCACAUUGGGAACCUAUGAAGGGAGAGAUCUUUAAAAAGGUAGAGUUACAGCCUAACUCGCCUGAGUAUCAGAAAGUAGCCAAGGGAUUCCAUAAAACUACUCAGUACAACAUUCAGAAAAUUGAGAAAGUGCAGAACGUCUAUCUGUGGCAUGCCUUCAGCAUCUGUCGGUACCGUAUACUUUCUAAGAACGGUGAAGCAGAACUGGGAGAAAAGCUGCUCUACCAUGGCACAUCUGCGGCAUCAUGCAACUCCAUUGAAAGAGACCGUUUUGACAGAAGUUAUGCAGGAAAGCAUGCUGCCAUCUAUGGAAAGGGGGUGUACUUUGCGGUCAAUGCAAGUUACUCAGCCGACAAGUUCUCCCCAGCAGACAAAUCAGGCCUAAAAAGGCUAUAUGUUGCUCGUGUUCUUACUGGCCGUUACACAGUUGGCCAUCGCGCUAUGAAAACCCCUCCUCCUCGAGGUGCAGAAGCUGCUGACUGCUUUGACAGCUUGGUAGACAACCAGCAGCAGCCUGCCAUCUUUGUUAUCUUCCAUGACGACCAGGCCUACCCAGAGUACCUCAUCACCUUUAGCUGAGUAAAAAUGAGGAAACAAGAGUCCUUUCCCAAUAAUGUUAAGUCAAAGGUGAUGAGCUCUUAAUGCAAACUGAGUUAUGUUUGCUUCCCUUUAUACAGUAAUAAGAUGCAUUACAUGUAAAUUGACUAUAAUGACAUUAAGCCAAAUUCAGCAUCUCUGUCCUGUCCGACAGUUUAAGCCAAUUAUCUAGCCUAAAAAUACUACAGUGUAUUGUGCUGAGAACAUAAUUUUAAGCUUGUGAUUCAGAACGAUUCAGAGCUUGCAAUUCAGAGUAUUGUCAUGAGAAAAUUAACAAUGUUAGUAGUAGCUAACGACACAUAAAAUGAAAUAUAAAAAAAGUUAUUUAUAAAUUAUGUAUAAGAAAGUGGAAUGCGACAUGGGUUAGGUAUUGCUGAAAUGUAUUUAACACACAGCAAAAUAUAAGGUUUUGGUAAUGACACUUUUAAUUCAACAAAGUCAGUCAAUGUUAAUUUGCACUGACAUGGAGAGGAUUGCUCCCUAAGUCAAUUACUUUUUACACCUCUUUCUCUUCAUGUGCUAGAUACUUUUCCCCAAUAUCAUUCCACGUUAGUACGGUUAUCUAUUUUAAGAAUUUGUUUGAUCUAAUUCCUUGACCAUGAUUGUAGAUUUUGAUACUGUGAGUUGUAUAGAUUAUUUUGACCUUCAGGUCCUUACCAAAAACAAAAAGAUUACGCUUAGCAAAAACCUUUAAAAGUGUCGGUAAUGUGUAUCUACAAGUACCAGUCCACCUCAAUCUCUGGAAACAAAUAUCCAAAAAUCCUUUUAUGGAAAUCAUAAUCCACAGUCACAACAAGGUCUUCCCUUUCCUUAGAGUUUUGGUGAUUAUUGUUCUUACACCAAAUACAUUUGUAUAUAUGUAGAGUAAUUGCGAUUUUCCACAGCUGCUCAUGAAAGUAACAUUAAAUUUAGCAUCUUCUUGUCUUGGGACAUGAAUGUUAAAGCACAUGAGUAAAUAACUCUAGCUGCUUAUGGUGAUCACAAAAACCAGAGAGUAAAGUGUACCGGAGUCAAAUUCCUUGUUUGUAUGUACGAACUUGGCAAUAAAGCUGAUUCUGAUUCUGAAA